GCUAUUCUUUGACAGAGGAAGGCGAAUGCGAGAUGCAGGGACUGGAGUUUUUCAUAGCGGCUGGUGUUGUGCUGGUGAUCGCAACCAUCCUUGUGAUCGUGUGGUACGUCCUGAUUGCAAUGAAGCCCUGCGUCAAUCCGGAAGGGGUUCAGUAUGGUAUGGAGUGCAGGGACCGGAUGCGGCUCGCGCAGUCAGGAUCCAUGGAGCCGUACCCCCUGACGACAAACCUGCUGAGCGUCAAUGUUGCUGGACCGGGAACGAUGGCCCUGUUCCGCUACCAGUUUGCGCUGCUGGUCUGGGCAUCAACCUUGCUUUUGGUUUGGCUGGGUUUCGCGGCCUUCGUAAGCUCUGAUCUGUUAAUCCUUGGCACGAAAUCCGCCGAAAGCCCGCAGAUGCUCUGUGCUGUCGUUGCGUGGGGGCACCAUCGUCAGAUGGAGCUAGUUUGGACAAAGGUGUCUUGGCUGGCAUUUGCCUACAUCUUCUCGUUUGGUGGGGCCAUUUUCUACGGGAUUCAGCAAACGAAGCUGUUCAAGAGCGUCCACGUCGAGCAUGCCACCAUGGAAAGCUUUGCCGCCAAGCUGGAGGGUUUUGAUCCCAUAUCUGGCCGGGAGCCUGCUGAGGAGAUGCUGAAGGAGGCGAUGACAGCUGCCAUUGGAUGCGAGCCUGUGGGUGUCUCCGUGGCGUGGGACUAUGCAACGGAGCGCCACAUGGUGGAUACCAUCCUGGAACAAGAAGCAGAAGUGGAAACUCCACAAGGUGCUCACGGCUCCUCAGACGAAAAUCCACCGAGUCGUCUCCUGGACAAGGCCGAGCUGUGGGCCACAGACCUCGUCCUCAAUGCUUGGCACGUCCAUCUCGGACAUCACGAGGUCCAUGCAUCCGAGAUCAACUCCAUGCUGCAUGGAAUGUCUUCAACAUCGAUUGCAUUUGUAAUUUUCGCCUCCCAGGAGACAAGACAGCAAGCAAUCAUAGCUGCAAGAGACGGCAUCACAGUUCGAGGACGGAGGUGCUCUUUGACACAGUGCUGCUGGAAAGCAUGGUUUCUGAUGUUGGCCUAUGUCUUGUUUUGUAA